AUGAACGGCGCUAGCGGGGAAAGGCACGACCGACUCGAACUUCGGCUGCACAAUCCAUCCUCCCAAAAAAACAAACAAGACUCCUCCCCCGCCAUUCCCACGCCACAUCACCUCUCGACUACUCGGUAUCUCGAAGCUUUUUCACAAGUGACCGAGAAGUUUUCUGCUACUGUUUCGUGCUGUCUUGCACUUGAAGGCUCCGACACUCCACUUUCCACACUACCCCUCCAUCACCAGAUGGUCGUCAUGGUCUCGAACGGCAACAGCCCGGCGGGGGCUUUCGCGCCUGUACUCACUGCUAUGUCCACCAUGCGCGAUGGUCAAAGGGAACAGAAGAAGGCGGCGCACGCGUAUCUAGAGAGCUUUCAAAAAUCGGCGGAAGCAUGGCAGGUCACUAUCGGCAUCCUUCAGUCUACCGCAGAUGCAGAGGCUAAAUUGUUCGCGGCUACAACGUUGAGAGGAAAGAUAACGUACGACGUCUCCCAAAUACCAAGUGAGGCACUACCAUCACUCAGAGACCAAGUUUUGGAGCUUUUGAAGAUAUUUGCGACUGGGCCACGACCUAUUCGAAUUCAGCUGUGCGUGUGUUUAGCUAUUCUUGCAAUACAGAUGACCAGCUGGAAAGACGUAGUACCAGCUGUAGUUUCCGCCUUGGGCAACAACCCCGAUAGCCACGCCUGCAUCCUGGAUUUCCUCAAAGUUCUUCCCGAAGAAGUCACCGAGGGACGAAAAAUCAAUUUGACUGAAGCUGAGUUGCAAGAAAGGACACAGGAGCUCCUGGGGGAUAAUGCUGCUAUCGUCGUACAACUUCUCAUCAGCUACAGCCAGUCGUCAGAUACUGCGGCAACCAACCCACAACUACUCGAAGUAAUAACAUCAUGGCUACGUGAGGUUCCGGUCGCUGACGUUGUGAACUCUCCACUUCUGAAUAUCGUUUUCAGUGCCUUAGACAACGAUCGAUCGUUCGAGGCCGCAACAGACUGCAUUUGCGCAAUCUUCAAGGAAACUCGUGAUGUGGACGAUAAUAUUCAAACAAUCCAGGUACUCUUACCAAGAGUAAUCACCUUACAACCUCGAAUUGCACAAGCCCAGGUACAAGAAGAUACGGAACUCUUCAAGGGCAUCACCCGCGUCUUCGCUGAAGCUGGCGAAGCAUGGGUGGUCCUAAUCGCGCGUGACCCUGGAGUUUUCCGCCCUCUUGUUGAGGCUGUCUUGGAAUGCGCUGCCAGGGAUUUGGACAGAGAUUCGAUUGCUCUAACAUUUAUUUUCUGGUAUGAGCUGAAGCUAUAUCUCAUUCUGGAGAGAUAUAUUGAGGCUCGUAUGCAAUAUAUGGACGUUUAUGCCAAGCUCGUGGACGUAAUGCUGAAAGAGCUUGAGUUUCCGUCAGCAGAUGGACCAAAUCCACUGGAUCUCUUUGAUGGCGACCGUGAAGCCGAAGAAAAGUUCCGAGAAUUUCGACACCACAUGGGGGACGUUUUGAAGGACUGUUGCGAAAUUAUGGGCGUGACGGAGUGUCUGUCCAAAGUCCUGGAUCGAAUCAAGGCCUGGAUGAGCUCGUAUGCUGCCAUGGCAACGCACGAUUCCGUCCCUCAUUGGCAACAACUCGAAGCGCCUCUUUUCAGCAUGCGAGCUCUGGGUAGAAUGGUCGACAAAGAUGAAGACAUUAUCCUACCGCAGAUAAUGCCACUGAUUGUUCAAAUUCCCCACCACGAGAAGCUACGAUUUGCCACUAUUAUGGUUCUUGGUCGUUAUACCGAGUGGACUUCUAACCAUCCCGAACUUCUCGAAUCGCAAUUCACAUACAUCGUUUCCUCUUUCGAAACUGACUCGAAAGAAAUCGUCAGAGCCGCCGCCAUGGCAAUGAAGUUCUUCUGCACAGACUGCAAGCAUCAAUUAGGUGGGCAGGUUGUACAGCUACAACAUUUCUAUAACCAAACGCUUGAUAAAUUGCCUCUUGUCAGUCAAGAGGAGUUGACUGAAGGUGUGGCAUCAGUCGUUGCUGUCCAACCUCCCGGACAGAUUUUCGAUCUCUUAAAGCUUUACUGCGACCCUCUCAUGGCUAGACUAAUGGCACUUGCUAACCAGGCUUCGGACGAUGAGGGUAAAUUGGCAGUGGCGGACCAUCUCCAGUUGAUUACACUCUUGAUACAAAUUGUGAAGCCAUAUGUCGAACCAGAUCAAGAGAACCCAGCAGUUAGAUACUGCCAAGAAAUCUUCCCUAUUCUAUCAACGAUUCUCGACACCUAUAUGACAUUUACGCCAAUCUGUGAACGGAUUUGUCGGAAUUGGCGCCACAUGGUUAUCUCAUACCGGACAGCGAUCGCGCCACUUCUUCCUGCAAUGGCAACUAAACUUGCUAGCGGAUUUGCGACCUCAAGGCAAGGCUGCUUCCUCUGGGCUACGAGUGCUAUCCUGCGCGAAUUCUCCGAAGAUCGAGAGCAUGUGGAUGAUCAAACAACAGAGGCCAUAUACACAUUCUUUGAGGCGCAGUCCACGAAUAUGCUCCGUAUCAUGAACGAUUUGCUUCCCCAAGAGACGCCGGACGUCAUCGAGGAUUUCUAUCGUCUCCUCGUUGAUGCCUUGCUUUACUAUCCCCACAAGCUGGUGCACUCUCACCUCUUCACACCUAUUUUCCAGGCUGGUGUCUCAGCCUUAGCUCUCGAGCAAAGAGAUCCACUGAUUGCCGUCCUUCAUUAUAUUCGCGAUGUCAUCGGAUAUGGUGGUGAGAACCCUCCGAGUUCAACAAAUGCUGCCAACCCCCCCGAAAUUCAGAGCGUGGUUCAGCAGCUCAUUUUAUCUCACGGCGAAGAUCUUGUCAAGCAAAUCCUUGCAGGCAUGAUGAUUACUUUCCCUGAUGACUGCUUUUCCGAUGGUAGUGGAGCCUUGCUUGGACUCUUCGAGCUAAUGCCCGAGGCAACUGCCUCUUGGGUCGACAAGACUGUGCGCAUGUUACCUGUAGGAACUGUGAGCGAAGCCGAAAUUGAUCGCUUGAUGGCUGGUAUCAGAUCCCGCUUGGUGGAAGGCCGUGAGGGCGUCCGAAAGGUUCGCAGCUUGCUCCAGGACUUUACCAACAACUACCGAAGACGAUACGUUGCGCCUCGAGACGGCUUGGGCAGACUUGAACCGGAGAGAUUCCGAUUUAGUUCCUAA